AACCACUGCUACUUUAUUAGUAUCCAUGGAAUCGAUCUCGUAUCUACGUGGAACUAAUUUCCUUUUAGUUUCUUAUGUGCCGUUUUUUGGACAUUUAUGUAACAAUGUUGCGGUUUUAAUACAUUAUCUCAUAUAUUACCUAUCAGUUGAGUAACCAUGUCUAAUACUGAUGACUUAGCAACCCGGUUGAUAGAGCUACGUGACCACUUGAAAUCGAUUGCUAACACUUAUAGCACACUUUGCGUAUACUUAAGGGGUAUAGAUUCACUAUCCGAAUUUGUAACUUCUGAUUAUUACGAGGUAGAAUCUGCCUCUGGUGAGAUGGUUAAACGUCUCCAUGAGUGGCGCUCCGUAGAACAUCGUGUUUUUGAUGCUUUGAAGCAUCACAUGAAUCGUAAAUUCCAAUCAUAUAAAUGCGCUGAAAGUGCUUUUAUGUCGGCCUUAGAGGCUUCUAGAUCCAAUACUCCUCCUAAGCGUGACUGUGGCAUUCGUCUUAAGGUGCAUCGUUUUAAGCAAGGGGUGAUUGCUAUGAAAUUUGCUAAUGAAGCUCGUCGUCGUGUGACCAACAUUGCUGAUUUCAUAGUUGAGGUUAAGCGGCAAACUGGCCAUGCUCCUGACGAUUAUGUGGAUAAUUUGGUUAUACUUCAUUCAUUGGCGGGGUGGGCAAAGGCUGUGAUUAAUGAUUGUGUCCGCUGCACUUCAAGUUCUGCUGAUAAAUUCAAGCAUGAGGAAUCUAACGGUCAGAUUCUGUACACCACGGAUGCAAUUCGCCGCAUUUUAAAAUUUUGCGCGAACAAUACGGUUGAACGAAAACCCGAUGUUGAUAAGCUAUCUCUCAUGGUCAAGGACAUGCUAAUGCAAUCCACGAUACUAAUAUCGCCGGCUGCUCAAGAAGACAAGCGCAACAUGCCAACAUCUCAUAUUACCUAUUAUCUUUUUAAUGUGUUGAAUGAUAUUAACACCAUAGACAGCGAUGGGAAGAAUUUAGAGCCAUUGCAUAGGGUAUACAAUAGUAUAACGCCUCGCCUAAAACUUCCCACUCCAAUGCACGUUUAUCAGCAUCAGGAGUACUUUUGCAAUUUAUCUAAAUCUAUCACCUUCGUCACUCGCAUUCACGCAUUACAGCAACAGGUAUUGCGGACGGUAUGCGCCUCAUGGGCAAAUGAGCUAUUAGGCCACAUUCUAGCUAUACUGGAUCGCAAUAAUAAAGACACAUUGGAUUUGAGUUCCAUUCUUAUGGCUAUUAGAGCGUGCCACUACAUAUGUAAUCCUGGCCGUAAGCGUUUGUUAGGUAUAUGGGACCAUCCUCCCUUUGAUAAAUGAUAUUGGUACUGGGC